AUGAUCAGGAUCAAUUCAAUCAUAGGCACUGUAGGGCUUCUUUUGUCAGUGUGGACAGCUGAGCUCCAGGCUUCUUUCAACCCAGAGACUAUGACAUCGGUCACAGGAAUAGCCCCAAACAACAUGCUGGGCCUGUGUAGCUGCCUGCCAAACGCUGCUUGCCAAAGAGACCAGGGAAUUGAAAAGCUUACUGCAGUGCUCGCUGCCUUGAGAAACUCUAUUUCCAAGUACGGCAACGGCAUGUCAAACUGCAUAGGCAUGGAUAGUUUGAUGGGCAUGGGCCUCAUCUCGCCAAAUACUGGAACAGAGUGCUUAGAUAUCUGGCUAAAGGCUAUAAAUCCCUUCCAAGUUCUUACAAGCCCGCCAAAGGGUGGCUCGUUCAACACCUGUGCUGAGUUCCAGAAGUCUCUUUUGGGAAUGCUGAAUCUCCGCUUGACUGGCGGAUACUCCGCGAUAGAAGAAUAUCUUGCAACAAAGCCGCCUGCAUCUGGGUGCGAAUGUAAUAAUAUGCCGUUCGGGCCUUCCAUGAUUCCGGGCGCGUCAGUGAUGUCAAGCGGAUGCGGCCCUAUGAUGAAUCCGCUAAUGCCUUCAUCUUCGCCUGGAGGAUGCGGGCCCUCCAUGCCCAAAAUGAACCCAUUCAGUGGGCCUGGGCCAAUGGCUGGCGGACUCUUUGGGAUGCCAUGCGGGCAAGAGUCGCCUAUAAUGGGCGAGUUCGGAGCCCUAGGAUGCAGUAACGCAAACAUCAUCGACAAUUUGACAUUUCUAAAGGGGAACAAGCCGCAGUGCUGUCCUGAGCCACAAAAACGGCCCAGAAUAGACAUGCAAAAUGUGCCGGGGCCUUUGAACGUCUCAAUGGGAGGAUGCUGCACAAGCGAUUUAAUUCUCAAUGCCUUGAAGCAGCAGCAGAUGCAGCAGCCUGCAGUUCCACAGUCAUUUUCAAACGAAUGCCCGAUAGGCGCAACCGCCUUAAUGGGAACCGUGGACUUUGCCCGGCAGGCGGCAUUCCAGAGACAGCCUGUCUGCAAGUGUUCGCCCCCUCCGCAGGGAACACAAGUUUUUCUAGGAGGGUGCUGUGCCGAUGAGGGUAAAGGAUUCUCUGGGCUGGCGAGUCUGGGGCUGAUGGGGCUUGGAGGAGGCUACGAGCAAAAUCCGAUGCCUUCCAUGCCUUCCAUGCCUGACAUGGGCUGUGGAUGCAACAACUCCACGAAAAUUCUGGAUGAUAUAAUGAGAAACACCCCACAAGGUUUCUCCGGCGGAAAUAGCUGCAUGGGUAGGACAGCUGGUGAAUUGGCAAGCUUGAGCGCACUGCAGCUAGGCGGAUGCUAG